AUGAUGUUGCCCCUUUGUAAAAAAAAAACCCGAUCAUCGCUCUGGUCUGUUCAACUGCUCCGUUCAACUUCUCCGUUCAACUGCUCCGUUCAACUGCUCAUUCAACUGCUCCGUUCCACUGCUCAUUCAACUGCUCCGUUCAACUGCUCAUUAUACUGCUCCGUUCCACUGCUCAUUCAACUGCUCCGUUUGUGUGCUCAUUCAACUGCUCCGUCCAUCAGCUCAACUGCACUGUUCAAGUGGUCACUUGCUCGGCCACCUACAUCAUGGUUGAUCGAAGUCUGUUGCAAGUUCGCUGAACUUGCAAGGGGGAGUAUGUUCGAUCCGUUUGAUUACCCGCUGCCGCCGUCGGUGGUCGCGCUGUUUACCGUCAAACGCUAUGUUGGCUAG